UGCCGUCAUUUCUACAUGGUGAGACCAAAAUGUAAUUAAAACCACAUUGUGAAUUGUUUCAUUACAAAUAUAAAAUGUGCGUAUAUAUACAAACUCGCAUACAUAAUGUGUAUGUGUGUGCGCACACGCAUGCGGGCUAAAAGUAUGGUUGGUACUAAAAAUUUUAAUUGCUAAACUGCGCUUUCUCACAAUGCCCCGCAUUGUAUGUGGAAUCCAGGCGGAGAGCAGCGGAUAUUCAAUGUCUGUAAUUUAAUCAAUAGCAGAAGUCGGUGUGCAGCUGCUCCUGCACAUAUAUGUACCUAUGUGCUCUCAAGUCAAAUUUAAACUAUUUAUUUAUUUUUAAUUGAUUUUGUAAUUAUACAAUUUCAUAACUAUAAUAGAACAUUUUAAUAAUUAUAGUUCUAAUUAUAUAAUUUUAUCAUUAUAAUUUUUUGCUGAUGUGAAACAAUGCGUUUUUUUUCUGGAGACCCUUAAAGGCGCUCAAUGCCGCCACUCUGCUUUCCUACGUCAGACUCAUAUUUGCGCGAGAAGCCAAAUCAUACUCCGUUUUACGGGUCAUGGUCAUUUCCUUAUCUACACUGAAAAUGGGAAUCGUUCCAAACACACGGGGGUGGGUAAAUUCCCAGACUGGGACAGGACAGGACAGAGGCGCCCCCUCGUGGUAGAUCCUAAAAUCUCACAUUAACUUCGUGGAGCAGAAUUUUCAGUGAUUCCACACUUUCGCGCGUGCAUGGGGUUGAACUGAGCUGGAAAAAAGGUCGUGUGAGAACUGGGUCACGCGCAGGAGUUGGAGACACUGAGCCUCGAUUAAUCAAGAGGUUCUCGGUCGGAGGGCUAUAGAAUUUAUCACGAACCCGCUAGUAAGCUCACGUGAGAAAACUAAUCUUCCCAUAGUGGCAGAAAAACCUGCACCUGCCAUUUUGCAGCGGGAACUGAUCUCAGAAACUCAAAUUGUCUUUGUUUGGCACGCGACGUAAAUCCGUUGAUGUGGCAGUUCCUUCCUCGGGGUGUGGGAACAUUACUUUUGGUGUUCAUAAAUAAUAUAAGAAUGUCAAAAAAAUAAAUAUAUUUAUUUAACUUUAUAAUACUAAUGGAAACGUUUCAUAUUCAUAAGGGUGAAUUUAUUUACAAACAAGGAACCUAGAUUUUCAAUACUAUAUAAGGAGCUGGAACGUUACAUGGAUGAUAUUAUGGGCUCUUCAAAUAAGAACGCUGUUAAAAUAAUUGAUAUAUUUUAUGCUCUUAAACGGUUUAUGUAAUUUUAUAUGUCCCAAGCAUUUUCCCCCUUUUUAUGUCUGUAUUGAUCACUUGCUAUUCUGUAUAUUUUUUUGAAAGAAUGGCUUGUUCACUUGUUUUGUAUUCUAUUUUUGAAUUGCAAAAAUAAAAUAAAUAAAUAAAGUUAUUUCCUCGGGGGUUCAAAGGUGACGUCGUUACGUGGGUGAUGAUGGGAAACGAGUGACGUAAACAUCAAUGUACUGUUUUGAAUCUUUGGCGGGGUCGUUGGCAGCUGUUUCCCCCGAAGGUCGGUUUGGUCGCUGUGUUUUCAUUUUGCUUUAUGUCGGUUUUGUCUUUGUUGGAAAAACUCCUGGUCGGGUGGAUUACUGGUGAUAUUUGGAGAGCCUGCUUUCCAUUGCUGAAGAGUCCGAUUCCGUUUCCGGCAGAUAUUGGUGGUUUUUGUUUGGCAAUGUUCACCUUUUUAUCCAUAUAUUGACGUUUUUGGGGAUUUGCGUGGGUCACUCAAGGGUUACACGAACUUAUGAGCGGGAGAAGAGCCGAGAACAGACAGGGCGCCGGCCGGCAGAAGGCAUCGGAAGGGCCACAAGAGAGACAGCUCACUCUCUCUCUCUUUCCCUAAAUUGGUUCCAGAUGUGUCCCCUCCCCCUCUUCGCCGGCAGGGCCCAGUAGCGCACCCCCCCCCACCCCCCGUCCUCCCCCCUCCUCCCUCCCCAGAUGUAGGGGGGCGGAGUUCCUCUUCCAGAUGGAGUCACCUGCCUUCAGGCUUUUUGUGCGUUUUUAGCUGGAUUUACUGCAGCAGGUGUGCGCGUGUCCCUGGUCUGUGAGAUCACCCACCUGUGAGCGUACCUUCGAGAGAUCCUCAGCCGACUCUCUGACAGGUCGUCCCAUACAUCACUGCGGGACACGCGAUUCCCUGGCUGCUGAGCCGUUAUCUGCUAAAUGAAUCAUACGGGAUAUGAACGGAGCGCGCGGCCUCCGAGUCUGCGCUGUUUACGCUGGCCAGGGAUUAAUCUCGAGGCCUGUUCUGGAAGCUGCAGGCAGAGUCUGGCUGAUCCUCCCCUUCGCUGGAUCGGAAAUGCUCUUAAAAAGUGUGAGAACUCGCCGCGGAUAAGCGGAUCAGUGUGGAUACUCCAAAUAUCCGAAAGCUUGUUUUCACUUCCUCUGUUCCCGCGGGUGGAUUUGCGUUACAAGGUACCAAUUUACAGCCAGAGUAGGAGGCAGCGAGGCCCCCAGCUAGACACAACACAGAGGAGGAUAGCCGCCCCACAGACUCUUUGAUGUGAUUGUCGUUUGCGUACUUAAACGGUCUGGGCGGAUCUUUUUAAUCGCCGAUUUAAAAUUGAAAACGCAUAAUUUUUUCCAAAAGUUCCAAAAUGCACGUUUUAGAUUAUUUACGCUAACGUACAAUUUCAGAGCUGCACCCCACCCCCAACACCUUUCGACCUUCCCAGCGACAUAAACUCAAACAUCUCGUGUUUCUGUAUGUUCCUGCGCGCUCGGGUCCCCUGGUAGUCUCCGUCACCCUUCACCCGCGCGCUGACCUGAAUUCCACUUAAAUAAACGCGAACCAUAUGGCGUUUCCCUGCGGCUUUGGAAACAUCACCGUCAUUAACCCCUUUAUUUGGCUGCAGUUUCUCGCAUAUAUGUGAAUUCAAAACUUAUUUGGAAGGACAAGCCAAGCGUUACAUUUUCAUGCACAAACCAAACAUGAGCACGCGUAGGUGGGUUAAUGUAGCCGCAAAAGUGCACCACCCUUCCUCACCAACGGCCGGGAAGCGGGCCAGCGCUUGGAGCACAGCUCGUGCACUCUAACCGGGUGCAGUGCUGGACACAAGCUAAAUUCUUCCUUCUCCAAAAAAAUAAAAAAGUGAGUCCAGGCGAGCGGAGGACCCCCGGGAUCGACGUGGGAAGCAGUGCUUUCCGUCUGUUUUCUCUGCUUUCAGCCCCCCUCCCCGCCUCGCCUCGCGAUGCCACAGACCGCGAGAACACUCGCUUACAGUCACAGCCCCGCAGCACACGGCACGGGGGGACGUGUCCGCGUGGGUCUGAUUUGUCUGUGAAGGCGCGCGUGAGCCUAUCUGCGCGGCGCUGCCAGCAUCUGGGCAGGACGCGGCGGGGGAGGGGUGAUCCGCGACUGAAACCAGAGUUUUGUGGAGGUCUGUAAUUUGCACCAGAUGACCACUUGGGGGUAUGUAGGUCUAAGGAUGUGAAUGCUUCCUCGCGCAGAAUUGUUGCGCACCGGUGCUUGGUUUGUCUUUUUUUGUUCUGAACAGCAAAACGGCAACUUUUGUUAAUGGCUUUACGCUAUUGUCAUAGCUUCCGUUAGUCGUGCCGUUUCAAGACAGCCUCGCGAAAUGUGCGGCGGGAGGGUAGAGUGGCUGCACUGAAUUUCAAAGGAAUGCCGAGGACUUCGGGGUCUCCUACUUUUGGAAAUGGCAACCGUGUUGGCUCUGUGCUUUCUCCUGCUGUCCGGCGCCCUCUCGGUCCGGGCGUUCUGUCCCGAGCGCUGCGACUGCCAGCACGCGCAGCACGUCCUGUGCACGAACCGGGGGCUGCGCGCGGUCCCCAAAGCCGCGGCGCAGAGCUCCGGCGACGUGCUCGUGUUCAGCCUCGGCGGAAACUUCAUAGGCAACAUUUCUGCGUUCGACUUGAGCCGUUUCGGCCGUCUGACCCGACUGGACCUGCAGUACAAUCAGAUCCAAACGGUUCACCCGAAAGCGUUUGAGAAACUGUCGCGGCUGGAGGAGCUCUAUCUGGGAAAUAAUUUACUCUCGGGAAUUUCUGCAGGAACUUUGCAGCCUCUCAAGAAACUCCGAAUUCUGGACGCAAACAGCAACGAAAUAGACAAGAUAACUCCCGACACUUUCAUGAAUUUGGAAAACGUAAUUAAACUCAGAUUAGACGGAAACUCGAUACAAACACUGCAGGACUCCGCUUUUAAGGGCAUGGAAAAUCUGCUCUAUCUCCACCUGGAAUCUAACGGACUUAGGCACGUUCACGGAAACGCUUUCACCAAGCUGGAGAAACUUCGUUUUCUAAACCUGUCCGAUAACAAGCAAACGGCCCUUCUAAACGCGCAUACCUUCGCCCCGCUCACUUCCCUGACAACACUGCUGGUGGCAGGAAAUGACAUUCAGCGUGUCGGCGACCGCGUCUUCCAGAAUCUGGGAAGCCUGACCAGACUGUCGCUGAGCAACAAUAACAUCUCCCUGCUGGAGCCCCGGGCGAUGGAGGGCCUGUCCGCCCUCCGGGAGCUCCUGAUCGACGGGAACCGGCUGGCGGACGUCCCGGCGCGGCUGCUGGACCCGCUGGCGAGGCUGGAGGAGCUGGACCUGAGCCGAAACCGGAUCUCCCGGCUGGACCCGGCGACGUUUCGGAGGCUGAAGCGGCUGACGGUCCUGAAGCUCAACGACAACCGGCUGACCCGCCUGGCCGGCGACGCCUUCGCCCGGAACGGCGGCCUGCGGCACCUGGAGCUGGGCGCCAACGCCUGGGCGUGCGACUGCGGGCUGGCGGGGUUCGGGCGCUGGCUGCGCCAGGCGCGGGCCCAGGGGCGCCUGCUCGCCGCCUUCCUGCUCUGCCGCCACCCCGCCUCGCUGGCGGGACAGUACCUGGACUACCUGCAUGGCUCCCAGCUGCAGCCCCCGGGGAACCGCACCUGUGCGGCCGAGCGGCCUGCGGGGGGCGCUGUGGCGGACGCCGCCCCGGAGGAGGAGGAGGACGUGCAGGCGGAUCAGGGGCAGCCCGGCCAAUCGCAGCGGAGGAAGGGCAGGAAGGGCGUGGCCCAUAAGAGGGUCCGAGCCGAGCCCCCCCCGCCGACGGAGGACCCCUCCACCGCGGCCACGCCCGCCGCCCUGACCGCCGCGCACCCCGAGCGCCUGCAGCAGGAGCACCCCCUGGUGGCCGACGCCUGCCGGUUCAACAGCCGCGUCCUGCUCAACGUGAGCGCCGAGCGGGCGAGCCCCACCACCGCCGCGGUGCGCUGGGAGCUUCGCCCCCCCCAGGCCCCGCCCCUGCCCGCGCGGCUGCAGUUCCGCGUGCGCUACGACCGCUUCGGGGCGCCCGCGCAGUUCCCACGCUUCGUGUACCUGGGGGGCGGCGCCCGGGGGGUGACGCUGCGGGAGCUGGCGCUCGAUUGGCCCUACACCGUGUGCGUGGAGGGCGUGGUGGGCGGAGCCACGUGCGGCGUGGCGUCCCGGGACCACUGCGCCGGCGUGGUCGCCCAGGGGGGCGCCGGCGGCGGCGGCCCGGACCUGCAGCUGGUAACCGUGGCGAUGCUGGCGGCCAACGCGCUGCUGCUGCUGGCGGUGGGCGGGGCCUGGGCGGGGCGGGGCCUGCGGCGGAGGUUCCAGCGCAGGAAGUCGGCCGUGAACAUCCGCCACAUGUACUCCACCCGCCGGCCGCUGCGCGCCAUGGCGACCGAGGCGGUCUCCGCCGACUUCACCGCCUACCAGAGCAGCCGGCCGCGGCUGGGCGGGGCCGACCCCGGCGACCUCAUCCAGUUCCCCUGCGACCGUUUCCUUGACAACAGCACCGCCCGCCGGGACGACGCCAUGCAGCGAUUCCAGGACUGAUCAUCGCCGUAUCGCCACGGCAACGCACUCUUCACGGAGAUACCGCCCGGGGGAACACCUGUCAGGGUGGAAUUAAAAGUUUUAUCUCCCUGAUCCAUAAGAAUUUUUAUUUUUACAAAAUAGUUUUGCAAAAUGGACUCUUUAAUGAGAACCUGGGAGAAAGACCUGCUUUGUAAGUGUUAUAUAAGAAUGUUAGCCGCAUAAAAUUUUUAUUUUUUUUCGUGUGGGAAAUGGAUUUCGCUCAGUCUUCCUGUCGAAUGAGUGGACUUCCCAUGGGAAGGAACGCCAGCAGCUCAGGAAAUCCUCUGCUGCUAUUACCCACCACCAGGGGGCAGCACCUGAGCAUACACGCGUGUGAUGUGUAUUGGUGUGAUAGAGAUACAGGUGUGUAAUGCUUACGGUGUGUGAUACAUACCUGUGCAUUAUGGAUACAGGUGUUUAAGGGGUGAAAAAUAGGUGCAGGUGUGUUAUAGAUAUUUAAAAUCUACGAUGUGUUUGCUUUACUGAUGUACACCAUCGGGCCAAUCACAGACCUGAUUUUUUUUUUGGCAUAACAAACCGAUAUCUGCGUGAGACUCCAGCCAGCCCUGAUUCAGAGUGAGUCAUUUGUCACAUUAUCUACUGGUUGCUUGAUACAGCAUCUGAAACGUAAACAUGGAAGGAUUAUUUUGCUGUUUGUGUAGAAAUAUUGUUGGUGAAAUAUAAGGAAUGCAAAGGAGGCUUUGCUUUGUUAAUUAAGGCCUGUCCCUAGCAGAACUCCGCCUAGAGCCCGACACACACGCAGAACCACAUCGGUUUCCUCUACUUCCUGUUAGCGCUGGACACUUCCUCGCACCUGCCACUGACUGUGUGUGUGUGUGUGUGUGUGUGUGUGAGUUUGUGUGCGUGCGUGUGAUGGUACUGUAUAUGUAUGUGUGUCCCUGUAUCUGAAUGUGUGUAUGUAUAUGUGCCCUGUAUAGUUUGUGUGUGUAAGUGUGAGAAUGAAAGUAUAUGUGUGUUGUGAGCAUUCAGUAAUCAGGUAGACUGGCCACAGUCAGUUUUGUACUCUUGUUGGAAUGGCAACAGCACCAACUGGUAGGAGACACAUCUGGACCAAUGUGCAUGCUAUCUGAUUAAUGAACAGCUUAAUUCAUUUCAUCAUCCUAGAGCAGUGGUUCUCAACCUCGGUCCUGGGGGCCCACUGUGUAUGCUGGUUUUUGUUCCAACCACAAUUGCAAUCCCGGAUUUGUAACAAGCUAUUAUUUUUCCUUAAUUAGGUGCGUCUCAUGUCAGAGGGAUUAUUUGCCCACUUAAGCCACCUUGUGUCAGAAAUAGCUAUGCAUGCCAUAAAGAAUAAAAGUCACAUAUUCACAUUGUGCUAUAUUGUAGACGAUUACGUAAAGAGGUUUAAAAAAAAACUUUUUAACUCAUCAAAAUAAAGACUGAGGCAAAUCAACAGGUUCCUAAUUGGGGAAAGUGUGGACACCUGGCCACUAAAUCUAAUCAUUUGAUAGAUAACGAAGAAUUCAAAAACAAAGAAAAUGAUAAUGAGUCAAACCUGUAUUGUACUAAUUAGUUUAAGGGAAAUAUUAUGCACUUAAAGCACUUAAACACGUGUUCAGCAACCUAAUUAGGAGCCUAUUAAUUCCCCUCGUUAAUUUGAUCUGUUAAAAAUGUUACCUCUUUUUAAGUGAUUGUAUGCAAUCACUUAAAAAGCAACACAAUAACACAAUGGGAUUUUAUUCUUCAUGCCAUGCAUAGCAAUUUCUGACAAUGUGGCUUAAGAGGGUACAUAAUUCCUCUUAACAUGGAAAACACCUCAUUAAGAAAAAUGAACAGCUUGUUAAAAUUCUGAGAUUGCAAUUGUGGUUGGAACAAAAACCAGCAUACACAGUGGGUCCCCAGGACCGAGGUUGAGAACCACUGUCCUAGAGGAAACAAAACUUAGGGUUCAUUCACUGUCCAAGAACUCAGUCCUCCGCAAGUCCUGACAGUACCGUGUGUUACCACUAGAUGGCGCAUAGCUUUAAAAAAAAAAAAGGCCCCACUGACUCAGUCAGUUGUCGCAGUCCGUGAAGCGUCUUCUCUGUUCUUGCGUUAAUAAUGAACACGCUUGUUGGCAGGGAUGCCAAGCCAGGAGGAGAUAAAUCUCUCAGCUCCAGACAGAGGUUUCUGACCCUCUGGUGUCUGAAGCUGCCACUGUCCUCUCGUGAACAGAGGACUGUUGCAUUUCGGGGGGAAGGAAAAAGUAUAAAAAUGAGGGAGAUUCCUUUUAAACCUUUCUAGAUUCUUCUUUUGUGAAUAUCUGUGGUCUCUGUGCAUUCGGUCUCCUGUGGGAGAGAUCUCUCAUGAGAUGCCUGUGCUGUUUGCAACUGUUUGCAAGGGUAAACUGCCAUUAACCCUUUUAGAUUGCAAAUAUGUGAUCAGAAUGUUCUUAACUUUAACAUUCUAAUGCUGAUGUCACAAUCACUACUGGUAGUUUAAAGCAGAGGAGUUCUAGAACACUGACUUAUUUUGAAAAAAAAAAAAACAUUCCAAAAAACCUACUUUUCAAAGGGUUCAAUUCUGAACUGUCACCCUGUGUAUGUCCAUCUCUGCAAUUACAUCACAAUGUUACAGUGACAUCAUAUGUUCAUCAUAGGUUUGUUGCCUUUUAAAAUGCAUUUCUUUUUAUUCUAUUUAAAUUCCAAAAGACCUUAACUUCAUAACCACUGAAAAAUGUAUUUCAGCUGCUGCUUGGCAGGAAGACCAACCAUUGUUACAUUUUACAAGUUUCAUUUAUUUAGAUUGUUUUUGUCUCUUGAUUUUCUCUGAUUGAAACUCGGUGGUAUGGCUUUUUGUGUGUAUUGGUGUUUUUUUUUGUACUUGCUUUCAUUUGAAUUAAAAUGUGAUAAAUCAG